AUGAACAACAAAAGGAAAAAUCGAGGAGGCUCUGUGAGGACACAGAGGCCCCCCAGGUCUGUAGUACCUGAAGGUGUCUACAACAAUGCACAUUUUAUGCAUGCCUCCACUGCCCAAGUGGGAAAUAUAGUUCGGAUAACCACUGCAUCAGGUGUAGUAUGGGAAGGAGUAUUUAAGACAUUCUCAAGUCUUUUUGAUGUGGUUUUGGAAGUGGCAGCCAAGGUAGAGAACCCAGAAAGUCCCAACUCACAAAUUAAGGCAGACACCUGUGUAGACAAGCUCAUAUUCAAAGCAUGUGAUAUUUUGACAAUGGUGGCACAAGAUGUAGACCUAGAAUACCCUACAAGAGACACUUUCCAAACUGAUACUGCCAUUUCUGCUAAACUCAAUGGUAACUCAAAGUUGGAAGAAAGAGAGCUGGAACCCUGGGAUGCUUCAGGCAUGAAUGGCACUGAUUUACCCCUGGAACUUGACCAAGCCAAUGGCUGGGAUGCAAAUGACAUGUUCAGGAAGAAUGAACAAGAAUAUGGGGUUCAAAGCACUUUUGAUCACUCUCUGAGAGGAUACACUGUCCCCUUGCAAGCAAAUGAUAGUGCAGAUUAUAAAGAGGCAGAGGCAAAGGCCAAUCUUAUUGCCAAUGAAAUAGAAAAUCAGCCUUCACACAAGGCCAGAUUGGACCUAGAAAAUGGAGAUGAGGAGUCUGCCUUUGCAGCUGUUGUACGUCCUCAUCAAGAAUCUAACACUAAUGGUAAAUACAUUCCACCAGCAAAACGAAAGAAUCAAAACAGUGGCAAACUGGUGAGAAGCACGCCACCCCCAAGCCAAAAUUCUAGCAGUCCUAAUACUCCUUCCCCUAAAGAAACCCGACCUCCAGUAAACUACCCUGUUCAUCCAGUGCCUCACCAAAACAACAUUAUUGUGCAACAAGCUCCCCAACCACACCUGCACAACGCCAACGCCGUUCCCGUGCAUUCGCCCCCCGUGGCGGCCCCCCCUCAGCAGCACCCGCUGCCGCCGCCCGGUCACGUGCAGCAUCACGCGGUGCCGCCCGGCCACGUGCAGCAGCAGCACGCGGUGCCGCCCGGACACGCCCAGCCUCUGCCUGGGCCGCCCAACCACGGGCCGCAGCUUCCGGUGGCUUCCACUCACGGCCAGCAGCUCCAGGGUCCGCCCAAUCAUGGUCGGCCGCACUCCCACACGCCGCCUCAUCAGUACCAAGCGGCGCCGCCUGUGCCACCGAGGCAGCAGCCGGUGCCGCCGCCGCAGCAGCAGCAGCAACAGCAGCUGCUGCCCCACGUAGUGAAGCCGCAAAUCAACGGCGAGGCGAAGCCGGCCAUGCCCAGGCAACAGAGAAACAUUGAGCGCAACGUUUAUCAAAAUCAGAACCAACAACAGCAAUACCAACAGCCGGAGCUGAAGCAAGACAUCCAGAACCAUCAGCCGAGGCAUAGGGAUGAGACCAUGAAAGACCUGCACCAAUUCUCGCAGGACUUCAAGUUGACGUCCAUGCCCAAUGAGCAGGGACCACCGCAAGCUCAGAUGCAAGUUCCACCACCUGUUGUUGAACAAGUACAACACCAGCAAGUACAGCAAGUACAGCAAAUGCCUCCACCUAAUAAACCUCCUCAACAGCAGCAGCAAUCUCCUCCGCAACCACAACAAGCUAUAAGUCCCCAACAGGAGAACAUAGAAAAGGUGACGAAUACUCUGAAGAAAUCAACGCUGAAUCCGAAUGCUAAGGAAUUCGUGUUGAAUCCUGCAGCUAAACCUUUCCAACCAAGGUCUCCCAGUACCCCUGCGAGCAGACCGCACACCCCGCAGACGCCCAGCCACAGCCCGUACAUCCCCGCUUCGAUGGGCGGGUCGGGGCAGCAGCAGAUGCCCGUCAUGAUGCCCGUGCACUACGUGAUGACCAGCCAACCGCAGUACCAGCCGCCGCCGCAGGGCACUAGAAUCAAGCGAUUGCCGAUGCGAACCGACAUGGCCUCCCAGAUGCAAGUUGCCGCCGCCACCGGCCAACCCCUGCUCGCCCCCGCCCCCAUCCAACCGUUCCUCUACCCGCCCGCCAUGAACCCGCCCUACCAGCAGAUGCACGCUGCCGUGCGCAUGUACGACCCCUCGCCGCAGCUGCAAUACCUGCCGCCCAAUGCGCAUCCCGCGCAGGCGCCCUCGCCCGCCCACCAUCAGCCGUACCAGCCGGGGCAGCCGCAGCAGCAGCAGGCGGGCGGGCCGCCGCCUCAAGGGCCGCCCCAGGCGCACCACCACCAGUUCCCUCUCGUGUACCCGAUCAUGCAGGCGCAGCCGCACCUGAUGCAACAGGUGCAGUACCUGCAGCAGCCGCCCUCACACCAGCACGGCAUGCCCGUGCUGGUGCACCAACACCCCGGCCAGGGCAACCCGCACGGACCCAAUCCUUAG